AAAUUCUUCAUUUUCGUUUGUUAUUGAAAUGGCCGAAGUAAUAAGCGACAGGAAAUGUGAAACCCCAGAAUGUAGUAAUUUUGCGAAAUUGAGGUGCCCAACUUGUAUUAAACUUGGAAUUGAAGGAUCCUUUUUUUGCACUCAGGAUUGUUUCAAAGGCAACUGGAAUGUGCAUAAACAAAUUCACAAGAAAGCUAAAGGAGUAGGACUCAAACCUUAUAAUCCUUGGCCAGAAUAUGAAUUUACUGGAAAACUUCGGCCUUUUCCUGUGACCCCCAAAAGGGAAGUUCCAGACACCAUUCAGCGCCCUGAUUAUGCUGAUCAUCCUGAAGGUGUUUCUUUGUCUGAAUCUAGUCUAAAAGGAACAACUAGCAUUAAAAUUCUCGAUGAGGAAGAGAUCAAAGGGGUGACUCUAGCGUCGAAAUUAGCACGAGAAGUUUUGGAUACAGUUGCUAAAGCUGUCGCUGUCGGAGUCACCACUGACGAGUUGGAUCGUAUUGUUCAUGAAGCAAGCAUUAAGAGAGACUGCUAUCCUUCACCCUUAAAUUACUAUCGGUUUCCAAAAUCAUGUUGCACAUCUGUAAAUGAAGUCAUUUGUCAUGGAAUUCCUGACAUGAGACCAUUAGAAGAUGGAGACUUAUUAAACAUUGACAUUACUGUUUAUCACAGAGGUUUCCACGGUGACUUGAACGAGACCUUUUUCGUCGGGAAUGUCGAUGAGGCCGGUAAGAAGCUGGUUCGCGUCACCCACGAGUGCCUGAUGAAAGCUAUUGAAAUAGUGAAGCCCGGAGAGAAGUACAGAGAGAUUGGAAAUGUAAUUCAAAAGUAUGUACAAGCCCAUGGGUUUUCUGUUGUCAGAAGUUAUUGUGGACAUGGAAUUCACAGAUUAUUUCAUACUACGCCUAGUGUACCUCAUUAUGCCAAAAAUAAGGCUAUAGGAGUAAUGAAACCAGGUCAUUGUUUCACCAUUGAACCUAUGAUAUCUGAAGGCACGUGGUCCGAUGAAAUGUGGCCAGACGAGUGGACUGCCGUGACUCGAGAUGGCAAAAGGUCGGCCCAGUUCGAGCAAACGCUUCUCGUGACCGAGACCGGCUGUGAGAUUCUGACCCGUCGGCGGGCCAAGAACGGGCAGCCCUAUUUCGAGGAUAACGAGUGAAA